AUGAACGCUAUUUCAACUAACUUAUUAUUGUUGUUGUUGUUGUUGGGUUUCUGUUGUUACUGUUUAUAUCUUUAUUUCUAUCUAUAUGCGUAUGUUUCCAUUCAAUUGCUGUUGCUAUACAAUAGUUCACCAGCAAUUGUCGUAAUGUAUAACUUGCUUAGCUUACUCGCAACUCUGGUGAGCGUUUGCGGCGUUUCCAGAUCGUCUAACGUACUAUCUGUCUUAAAUGGCCGUAUUUUUGGCGGUGAUAAUAUUAACAUCAGUUCACGUCCUUACCAAGUUACUUUACUGCUUCAUAAUAAACAUCAUUGUGGUGGCGUUAUAUACAACGAAAACACUAUCAUAACGGCGGCUCAUUGCCUUAUCGAUGUACCGCCGUCUGAAUUCAAAGUGCGUGCUGGAUCUUCUUGCUGGAACAAGGGCGGUAGCUUAAUACAGGUUGCAAGUUUUAAGUUACACGAAAAUUUUAAUGCAAAGAGCUUGGCUAACGAUAUAGCACUUAUCCGAUUAGCUAAUGACUUGACAUUUAACUCUAAAAUCAAGCCUACGCCAUUAGCUAAUACAGUUCCUGUUGAUGGUGCCGCAGCCAUUGUCUCGGGCUGGGGUAUCACUGAUAAAACAGCUAAUAUUAGAGAUACGUUUCCAUUAAAGUCAGUCGACGUUAACAUUAUUGGUCGCGAUGCAUGCGCCUCCGCUACAUAUCGCUACGGUUCGUCUAUUGAGUUGUCGAUGAUUUGCGCCCAGGAUGCCGGAAAAGAUGCUUGCAUAGGGGAUUCCGGUGGUCCGUUGGUCUCAAACGGCCAACUGGUGGGCAUUGUAUCUUGGGGUAAGAGUUGCGCUAAAGAAAAAUAUCCAGGUGUCUAUGCAGAUGUUGCGUACUUUCACGAUUGGAUAGAAAAUACCGCCAAAAAUAUGAAAUAA